GCUCUGAGCGCCCCUCUAAAACCAAGCAAAUUCGACGACUUUUCUCUGCGUUGGGUGGACAAUUGGCCUCGAAAAUAUGCCCUCAAAACGCAGCGAACGCCCUACAGAGGCGGGCGAGGUCCAGCACAUCGAUACAGGCGCCAACACCCCCAAGGCGAAGCGGAAACGGGAUCUAGCGGAAGAGGCGCGCGAGUCUCCCCAGCCCGGAAACAAAAAGUCCAAAACCUCGGAGGACGACGAUGGCAACGAGGUAGAGAAUCCCGCGCAAAAUGCGACCGAGGAUGCGCAGGAAGGAAAAAAGAAGAGGAAGAAGAUUCGAAGAGGAAAAAAGAGGACUGGGGCUGCCACCUCUGAGGAGCAGGUUGCAGAACCUGAUGCGCCGGCAACCGACGUGACGAAACCCGAAGUCUCAGAACCGGAAAACAAGGGAAAGUCCGACAAGAAGGAGAAGAAGGAGAAGAGGGAAAAUAAAAAGAAGGGUAAAUCAGAAGAUCGGGAGGAGGAGCCCGAGGCUGAGGAUGUAUCGAUGGUCGAUGUCUCACAUGAGCAAACUGAGACUGUGGCAGCGUCUACCGAAAAGCCGGCAAAGAGGAGAGAAAAGAGAGAGAAGAAGAAGAAGAAGCAAAAGGAGCCUGAACCCUCCGACGACGAGAAAGAGGACGAGGAGACAGCCAAGAAGCACAGGUCAGUCCUUGAGCGCAAGGCCAAGUCGCUGAAGCUGGCUAGCGAGAUGGUUCAGGACGACUCGGAUGAUUCUGACCUGGGCGAACUACAUGGUCUUGAGCCUCUUCCACAACCGGAGCCAGUAUCAUCCCUCGCCACCUCCAAGCCAGCCUACGAAACUCUCCCGCCUUGGUUGGCGGCGCCAAUUCGCGUUUCGCAAGACACUCGCACCCCAUUCACAGAACUCGGCAUCUUGCCGAAGGCUUCACGCAUCUUGGAAGAGAAAGGUUUCAAAGACGCGUUUGCUGUGCAGACCGCUGCGAUUCCACUAUUGUUGCCUACCAGCAAGCAACAGCCUGGCGAUGUUCUGGUUUCGGCCGCAACUGGAUCAGGAAAGACUAUGGCUUAUGCCCUCCCCAUCACGCGAGAUAUCAGCCAGGGCGUGGUGACUAGGCUUCGGGCCCUCGUCGUUCUCCCCACCCGUGAACUUGUCAAGCAGGCGCAAGAGGCAUUCGAGCUCUGUGCCAAGGCGUUUGAGGGUGGCGAGCGCAAGAGAGUGCGGAUAGGUGUUUCGGUUGGUAGUCAGUCGCUCAAGAACGAGCAGGAGUCUCUGAUGGACCGGGAGACACGGUAUGACCCCGAAACCUACAAGACAUUACAGGAGGAAAACAAAGCCCGACGGCAGCGUGGCAUCGGUCUAUCUACGACCGAAGACUUGGUGGACCCGGAUUCAGAAGAGACAGACCCCAGGCUAAGCAGCAUGGAGGGCUAUGUUGUCGACUUUUCUUCAAAGGUUGACAUUUUGAUCUGCACUCCGGGUCGUCUCGUCGAGCACAUUGAUCAGACUCCGGGUUUUAGCCUCGAUUACGUCCGAUGGCUCGUAGUCGACGAAGCCGACAAGCUCCUCGCCCAGAGCUUCCAGGGCUGGCUGGAUCUCGUCAUGGAAAAGUUCCGCAUCAACAAGUUCAGCGCACGCGACUUUCCCGACAUGGAUUUCUCUGGCGUUCGCAAAGUCAUUCUCAGUGCCACUCUGACGCGCGAUCUAAGCCUCCUCAACCAACUAGCACUACGGCGGCCGAGACUCAUUGUCCUCGACAGUGACGGCGACGCGCAGAUUGCCGAGCACUCCCUCCCUACGCUGCUGAAGGAGCACGCCAUCAGAAUCCACGACAGCACCCUCAAGCCCCUGUAUCUCCUGGAGCUGCUUCAAGGCCAGUAUAUGCUGGCGGCCAGCCCGAGCAAUGUCAAAGUCUCUACCGAGCCUGAGGAGACUUCGGAUUCAGACACCAGCUCUGAUUCCAGCUCUGAUUCUGAUUCCAGCUCCGAUUCCGCCUCCGACUCAGACUCCGAUUCCAGCUCCGACUCCGAUUCUAGCUCUGGCAGUAGUUCAGACUCUAGCUCAGAUUCAGACUCUGGUUCGGAUACUCCAGCGCCAGUCCGCUCGCGGAAGCUCAACAUCCCCAUUUCCCUCAUCUUCACCAAGUCUAACGAGGCCGCGCUCCGUCUUUCGCGACUCUUGGCUCUGUUGGAUCCUUCAUUGGCUUCCCACAUCGGCACACUCACGUCCACGACCCCGACACACAUCCGCCGCAAAACCCUUCGAGCAUUCACGGCGCCAGAUUCGCCCUUGCGUCUUCUUAUCGCCUCCGACCUCGUUGCCCGAGGUAUCGAUUUGCCGAACCUCGACCACGUCAUCAACUACGACCUGCCGCCGAGUCUCGCUGGUUACGUCCACCGUGUGGGCCGUACGGCCAGAGCUGGAAAGUCUGGAUGUGCUUGGACCCUGGUCGGCGAUGAAGAGAGUGGCUGGUUCUGGGGUAAGAUUGCAAAGGGAUCCGGCGUCAGGAGAGCUCAAAAGAUGGAGAGGACAAGAAUCGAGGAAAUGAGUGAGGAGCGUAUCCAGGAGUACGACAACGCUCUGGAGAAGUUGGGUAAAGAGGUUAGACGGUAAAAGAGAGGGCAUACAGGAUAGGACGGCACACAGUGUCUGGGGUUUUUACAUACCCACAAAUAGAUUCAAUGUGGACGGUAUUUUGAUGUAUUUGCGUGUGAUCUAUCCGCCAAAUAGCUUAUUCCGACUUCAACCUCGUGAAACGAGUUCAUCUACUGCGGGAAGUCUGGCUCACGUAUAUCCGAGUUCUGCCCAAAGACGAUCUCUGAAGUUGGACCCCCUCGGUAGACAAUGGCAAGGCCAUGGGC